GGCAAAGGUUCCAGCGCCUCACAUCUCCUCAGGAUUCUCCCUCCUUCCCCCACACAGCGACCCGGGACUCUGUACUACAUCCUCCUCAGCAGCCCUCCAAACUCAACAUGAAGACGGCUCUCACUCCCCUCACUGUGGCCCUGCUGGCUCUACUUCCUCUGGUCCGACUCAUGCCCGUUAACGAUGUCCCGGCUAACUUCCUGAGAGAGGCCAUGACGGAUGGCUUCAUCGUGGAGGACCCCUUCUCCAGCGCCGCCAGCGGGGGACUCGACCAAGCGCUCCCAGCAGACCGGCCCGACCUGACCGAGGCCAUCGGAACCCAGGAGGGCAGUGGAGGGCAGGAGGCCAGCGGCGGGCCCUACCUCACAUGGCCACACCUGCACCUGGUCACGGCGGCCCCUCCCAACGCCACCGCCGUCUUCAGCCAGGAAGAGGAGGGGUCUGGGUCUGAAUCGGGAUCUGGAUCUGGUUCUGGGUCUGGAUCUGGCAGCGACCUGUUUAUGGAGGAGGCAACAACUCCCAGUCUCACCACCCAGAUUCCCAGCACCACGACAGGAGCGAUGGAUGUCUCCAGCUCCGCCAGCCCCAGCCCCUCCCAGGCCGCCCCCACUGCAGCGUCUCCUGUGACCCCCACCGUGGUGGAUGAACCCCAGACCUCUACUACAACGUCUCCUGACAUUCCCAUCGUGGUGGAUGAACCCCAGACCUCUACUACAACGUCUCCUGUGACCCCCACCGUGGUGGAUGAACCCCAGACCUCUACUACAACGUCUCCUGACAUUCCCAUCGUGGUGGAUGAACCCCAGAGCUCUACUACAACGUCUCCUGACAUUCCCAUCGUGGUGGAUGAACCCCAGACCUCUACUACAAAGUCUCCUGUGACCCCCAUCAUGGUGGAUGAACCCCAGACCUCUACUACAACGUCUCCUGACAUUCCCAUCGUGGUGAAUGAACCCCAGACCUCUACUACAACGUCUCCUGACAUUCCCAUCGUGGUGGAAGAACCCCAGACCUCUACUACAACGUCUCCUGACAUUCCCAUCGUGGUGGAUGAACCCCAGACCUCUACUACAACGUCUCCUGUGACCCCCAUCGUGGUGGAUGAACCCCAGAGCUCUACUACAACGUCUCCUGACAUUCCCAUCCUGGAGGAUGCACCCCAGAGCUCGGUGAUGUUCGUCAGCCGCGAAGAGAGCCAAAGCAUGCCUCAAAACCACGCAGCUGCCGCCAAAGGACCGGACACGUUGUCACAGCCAGGAGAUGCAGCGAGUAGCUCUGGUUGGAUGUUCAUCGUGGGAUCCACUGUGGGCGUGGCCGCGCUGGUUCUCAUCAUCAUUGCGGUCGCUACAAGAAACAGGUGGAACGGGCCCGGACAGGCCACCAUGGAGGCGGAGCGGGCUGGCCGCUCAGAGGAGACGCAGAGGCAGGAGAUGAAGGAGUUCCUGCCCAAAGAGGAGCGGCACGACGCAGAGUACACCGUGGUGGCGCUCAGCGAGGUCUCGGAGAAGGAGAGCCUGUCCUGAGGUCAUCAGCGAGAGACCUCCUGAGGGUCCCAGACCGUCUGGAGGGCAGGCGUCGGGACCAGAGCCGCUCCGGUGGCACAACUGAUCCUGAAGUCUUGCCUUGUUUUGUUUGUUUUUUAGCGGAAACUUUGGACUUUGACCUUUCUGUUGUCAUAGCAACAUAAACAUUUCCUCCUAAUGCUUGUCAUAAAUAUCAGAAUUGCACUAACAUUUGAAAAGUGUUUUUGCAUUGUUUCAUUCACUUUAUAUUGUAUAUAAAAGGGGACUGUAAAAUAUGUUUCUUUAUAUCAUGCUGAGUGUAUUGCUGUAUUAUAUUUCACCUUGUUAGUGUAUUUUGUGUUUUUGAGUGCCUUUUUCGAAAUCUUUUAAUGCUUACUUAAUUAAUUAGUUCACAGCAGAGAUUAUCUUCCAUGUAGAAUUUUUUGUGUAAAUCGUAUUUGAAACCGGACAAUAUUGUGUGGCCACACCUGUUUAACCAAAAGAUCAAAGACAGCAUUUAAUUUAACAUUUAUUUGUUGGAAUUCAUAUUUACACACGUAUUAAAAUGUGUACACGCU